AUGCCGAGCAAGUGCCCCCUCCGUGAUCACAUUGAGAAGCUCAAGACUGGAAUCGCGCCAGACGACCUUGCUAGAUGCAAGACAGAAGUCGCCGAGUGCGUGUCAAAGUUCAAGACACCAGUCAAGAUCUUCCUGGGUGGUGUGACCUAUGAGCACCUCUACGCAGUCGUGUUCAACGCCGUCAUUUCUGUCAUCAUCCUGGUUAUCGCAUGGAGCCUUCCGCAGAAUGCUCUCUUCAACGUUUGUUUGAUCAUUACCUUGCUCAUGGGGGCGAAAUUUGUAUUCCAGCAUCCGAUCGUCGAGAGCAAGCUCGGGCUCAUUUCUGGGAAGCUCGGUCCAGGGGACGCCAAGCUCGACAUGCUAGUCGACACCCUCGCUGCCCUUCGUGCCCGACGCAUUCAGCUCAAGGACACAUUCUUCAACGACAAUAAGAAAGUGCUCGCCCUCCUUGCCGGCCUCGCCUUUCUCUCCUUCUUCAUCUCGACCCCUGUCAUCGUCACAGUCGUUCUUGUUGUCCUUAAUCUAGUGCCUUUCUAUGUCAGAUACGUUGUGGCGUCUCACAAGCAACCGGAGAACUGA